AUGCCUGUUUCCCGCACCUCAGCGGAUGCGGAGAGACAGCUGCGGAAGGCCCUCGAUCUGAACGGGAAAACGAAGGCUCUGAAGAUGGUGACCCUGGCGCUGCUUGUGGGUCUGUUCUGUUCCGGAGAGACAACUACGGCAGCUGGGAGGGACAUGGAAAGGGGAGCGGGCAGCCCGAGGCAUAACCCAGCCUUAGACCGCGUUCUAAGUGUAAGGAGCUUUGGUGUAUGGCUGACAGGUGUUUACCCCGUGGGACAGCUUGGCAAAGAAAGCCUCUGGAGGACGGCAGCAGGAUGGCCAGGAGGGGACGAGUUAGGAGACGUUCUGACCCUGCCAGAAAAGCUACGUAAGCUCCAGGAAGAGCUUUAUCUCCUGCGCUGGAGCCUAAAGGAUGUCACCGAGCGUGCUCUUCAGGAAGCCUUGAAGCAGGCGAAGCUCCCAGGCUUUACCGGAUGGGCUGUUCAAGAGAUAAUCAAUCAAGUCUUGGAGAAGCUGGAAGAAAAGCAAGUCCCCAUGCCAGAUUAUGCCCUCAAAUCAUCAGGGGCUGCUGUCGUUCAUUCAAGGACUUCUCCAUCCUUCCGCAAUAGGAAAGGGAAAGUCUUUUUGUAUUCCCUGCCGGUGCUGGAUUACCUGCGAUCUCCUGACGUUAUCCUUGAGCCGGAAAAUCAUCCAGGAAACUGCUGGCCCUUGGCAGGAAGUCAGGGACACGUGCUCAUCAGGCUGUCUGUGCCAAUCGUUCCCAGAGCAGUCACCGUGGACCAUGUCUCAGGGACAAUGUUCCAUAGAGACAGCAUCUCCAGAGCGCCAAAGGACUUUGCUGUCUACGGCCUCAAGGAAGAACAGGAGGAGCAGGGAACGUUCCUGGGACGGUUCACUUUCCUGGCGACGCUGAAUCCCACUCAGACCUUCCAGCUGAAGAACGAGCUCUCUGGGUUCGUGAAUUACAUAAAGCUGCAAGUGCUGAGCAACUGGGGCCACCCGGACUACACCUGCCUGUAUCGAUUCAGGGUGCACGGCGAUCCUCCCGAAGACGGGGGAAAGGGGUCCCUGUCAUCUGGCAAUAAAGGCCCUUAA